AUGGAGACACAUUGCCUGUUAUCAUCUCCAGCAAACUUUGUGAGGUUGAAGGAAGAGAGCUUGGUUCAAGUUCUUAGGGAGUAUAAAGAGGCCAUAGGAUGGACAAUAGCAGAUAUUAAAGGGUUGAGUCCAUCAACUUGUAUGCACAAGAUUCUUCUAGAAGAAGGCAGCAAACCCACAAAAGAAGCUCAAAGGAGGUUGAAUCCACCUAUGAUGGAGGUGGUGAAGAAGGAAAUACUGAAGUUGUUAGAUGCUGGUAUGAUUUACCCGAUUUCUGACAGUAAAUGGGUAAGCCCUGUACAGGUAGUGCCUAAGAAGACAGGAAUUACUGUAGUGGAGAAUGCUGAAGGAGAGUUGCUUCCUACAAGAGUUCAAAAUGGGUGGAGGAUGUGCAUAGAUUAUAGGAAGUUAAAUGCAGCCACAAGAAAAGAUCACUUCCCACUUCCAUUUAUUGACCAAAUUGUUGGAAGAUUAGCUGGUCGUGCUCAUUAUGUUGUCUUGAGGUUUUUCAGGCUUCCUUUCAAGAUACCCAGUGGCACCCGAAGACAAGAGAAGACGACUUUCCACUUCCCUUUUGGUACAUUUGCUUAUGGCGAUGCCCGUUUGGUCUUUGCAACGACAGCUACAUUCCAAGGUGUAUGGGGCUGUUCUUGGACACGUAUUGAGAAGAAUCCUCAUGUCAUAUACUAUGCAUCAAGAACGCUUGGAGCAAUGCCCAAUGCAACUACUCUACACAUGAGAAAGAGCUUUGGCGAUCGUAGUUUUGCUUUGGAGAAGUUCAGGCCGUAUUUGUUAAAGAAGGAUUCCAAGCCCCGUUUGAUUCAUUGGAUUCUUUUGCUUCAAGAGUUUGAUAUAGAGAUAAGAGAUAAAAAGGGGUCCGAGAAUCUUGUUGCUGAUCACCUUAGCCGGUUGAUUUUGAAUGAAAAGCCAUCACCAUUGGAUGAUGAUUUUUCGAAUGAGCAACUCUUUAGCUUCCAAAAAGUUAUUCCAUGGUAUGCUGAUAUAGUGAAUUAUUUAAUUGCAGGUACUUUACCAGAAAAUUUAACUAGAGCUGCGAAAGAUAAAAUCAAGAGAGAUGCUAAGUAUUUUGUUUGGGAUGAUCCAUACUUGUGGAAGUUUUGUUCUGACCAGGUGAUUAGAAGAUGUGUUAUGGAUGUGGAAGUGCCAUCCAUUCUGAAAUUCUGCCAUUCAUCUGCCAUUCAUCAGCUUUGGAGGUCGGUCCUCAACGAACAGCUCGCAAGAUUCUGGAGUGUGGACUUUUCUGGCCAUCAAUGUUUAAAGACUCAUUUUAUGGGGCCAUUCCCAUCAGAACAGCUACAUAUUGUUGGCAGUGGAUUACGUGUCCAAAUGAAAUGGGUUGAAGCUAAGGCAACUCGGACUGAUGAUGCGAAGACAGUAGUGAAUUUUGUCAAGAGCCAUAUUUUUUCUCGGUUUGGAAUUCCAAGAGCAAUUAUGAGUGAUCGAGGAACUCAUUUCUGUAACAAGAUUAUGGAGAAUCUGUUCAAGAAGUAUGGUAUUAUGCAUCGUGUCUCUACAGCCUACCACCCGCAGACAAGUGGACAAGCAGAAGUUUUGAAUAGGGAAGUGAAGUCUAUACUGGAAAAAACUGUGAGUCCUAAUAGAAAAGAUUGGAGUGUCAGGCUGGACGACGCUUUAUGGGCUUAUAGGACAGCGUAUAAGACACCGAUAGGAAUGUCACCUUAUCGUAGUUUAUGGCAACAUGUCAUUUGCUGUCGAGUUGGAGCACCGCGCAUUUUGGGCUAUUCAGCGCUGCAAUAUGCAAUAUGUGAAGCUGUGAUAACUCGAAAAUUAACAAUUGGAAGAGCUUGA